CAAAGCCCGUGGAUAUCAGGAGCGGCUGUGCGGCCGAUCCCAGCCUCUCCUCCCUCCCUCCCUCCCGUGACUGGACGGGAUCGUGUCCUGGGGGAUCGAGCGAGGCUGCAGACGGGAGCGGCCAAAGGCGCCGACGGGGCUGAGCCAGACGCCGGGUCCGGGUCCGGGACCGGGACCGGGACCUGCCCGCUGCCCGAGCAACAAGCUGCUCUCAGACCGCUCGCCCAUGACAGGCGACACCUUCCCUCUCCGUCUGUCAACUCCUCAAUAAAGGAAGUGACAGGAGGGAAGAGCCAGAAGUGGGAGGAUAUUUUUGACCAUCAUUUAUUGCGAAGAGAAGUAAGUUCACUCCGGUCACAUCUGUGGAGCCUGCGCCUGAAAGCUCCUGAUCUGAGCUCACCCAGAGAGAGGAAUGAAAGGCUGAAGAUGUGGUGCCACGAUGCCGAGGAGACGAUGCUACCCUAAGGACGUGGCUAAAGACAUGAAACUGAGACACGUCUUCCUGUCUAUCCUGUUUUUUGGAUUCGUGGGUCUGCUGUUCUUCAUGUACCUCCACGCACGGAUUGAGGAACAGUCUCCAGGGCUGAAGAUUCAACAGGAGCAGCAGAUCACAAAGUUCUGGAAUAAACCAAUCAAGAUUCCACAGAAGGAUUGGACAGUUUUCAAGAGUGGAAGGGAUGCGGGCUACAGAGUUGACAAGAUCAGCAAUGAGACUGCCACAGAACGUUGGCAGUCCGUUUUUAACACAGCCAAGGAUUCAAUGAAGCAGAGGUUGUUUCAACAGAGGAAGAUGAGGAACCUUCUGCUGAAGAGGUUCCUGGAGCCGAUGAACCUGACGUCAUUUCGGUUCCCGAACUGGACCCUGGUGACGGAUGCUGUUCACGAGGAAAGGAAGAGGUUCCUGGCCAACUCCUGCAAGAAGCUUUACAUCAGCAAGCGUCGCCGUUCCCUCAUCCGACUGGUUUCUCAGGUUUAUGUGGAGGAGAGGCACAAGCUGCUAUACUGCGAGGUGCCCAAGGCGGGCUGUUCUAACUGGAAACGCAUUCUGAUGGUGCUGAGCGGCCUUGCCAAGUCACCGAGCAACAUCUCGCAUGAUUUUGUGCACUACAGCAAGCGGCUGCGGCACUUGGACAGCUACAGUCUCAGGGAGACCUAUGAACUGCUGAACAGCUUCACCAAGGUCCUGUUUGUCAGGGACCCAAUGGAGAGGCUGGUGUCUGCUUUCCGGGACAAGUUCGAGCACUCAAACAGCUACUACCACCCUGUAUUUGGCAAGGCGAUCUUAAAAAAGUACAGAGCCAAUGCCAGUGCUGAGGCUCUCAGGACAGGCUCGGGAGUGACCUUCAGUGAGUUUGUUCAAUACCUUUUGGAUCCACAUAAGCCCGUCGGCAUGGACAUUCAUUGGGAACAAAUUAGUAAACUCUGCUCCCCUUGCCUAAUCAAUUAUGACUUCAUUGGAAAGUUUGAGAGCUUGGAGCAGGAUGCUAACUACCUCCUGAAGCUGAUUGGUGCCCCUGAGGGGCUACAGUUCCCAAGUUUCAAAGACAGGCAUUCCUCAGAUGAGAGGACGACCUCUGCUGUGGUCGAACAGUAUCUUGCCCAAAUAACCCCCUCAGAAAGACAGCAGAUUUACAACUUCUAUUAUCUGGAUUACCUCAUGUUUAACUAUUCAAAGCCACAUCUUUAGCGAGGCAUUGGAUUGAAAGAGUAAUUUAUCAACAAAAAUCUUUAAUAUAUUUUGUGACGCAGAACCUAUUUUAACACUUUGCUAUGGAUUUGGAAUAAUGUUCAGGCAUUUUGAAUUGGUGACUCUUCUCGAUCCCAGCGGCUUAGCAUACGACCAAAAGGAAAUGGUUAAUUUCCUGAACUGGUUCAUGAACAUGGGCACAGUGUACCAAAGCCAAACAGACCCGAAAGGUUAGUGUAGGAGAAGAUGUUUGGAUAAUCUUCUCCUUUGCUUUCUUGAAGCCCAGUCCUACUGAGUUGGGAUGUCCAGCUUUGAUCCUCACCCUCCCAGAUCUGGGGCGGGAAUAUUGGUCACGUGACAACUUUAAGACUCAGAUGACCUUGAUAGUUAAGCAGUUUCUGCACACUAAAUGGCUGAAGUUGAAGAAUAUCCAUUUUAAGGAAGUGAUGGUGGCUUCAGUCAGAUUCUGAAAAGAAAAGAGAAACAAAGUAGAGAAAUUUAAGGGGACCAAAAAGAUUAAUUGGGAAUCAAAGACUUUACUGUAUUCUCCCUCACUACUACUAGUGAAGGCUUUUAAUGCUUUCGCUGGAGAUAGACAUAGCUCUGAGAAUAGGUAAUGUCCAGGGCCUUGAAUGGUAUUUAUUGUUAACCCUACAAUGCUCUUAAGAUCAUUGUGGGAAUCCUUGUCUUAGACACGAUCCUACUACAACUUACAGAAUAAAGGACACGUUCUGUACAACCUUGUCUCCUUUGGGCUCUGGGCAAGAUGGGAUGCGGGUGGGUGGGGGUGGGAGGGGGGAAGUUAUUUGAAUAAUC